CCCGCUCUGGUCCAUGUUCGAGCAAUAUAUAUCACAUCAAAGUGGCGGGCGACUGGCCCGCCAGCUGCUGCGACUCGCGGACAGGGCCGAGCUCGGCAGGAGUGUGGUGAUGGAAGUCCUGCUGGACGGGCCGUACGGCGGCGUGUUAGUCGACGUGUACGGGUCUAGAGGCGCUCACGUGGUGCCGCUGGCGGAGGGCGUCGGGGGACAAGGUGGCUGGAGGAAAAGUACUGGAGAUCCGAGUGUGGUAUCAUGACAAUUGUUUCUUAAAUGCAUCGUCGACGACAGAAGAUGAGAAAGCUUUGGUGAGACGAAAGACGCGGGAACUAUGUGGAGAAGAACGAGAACAUGGUGAUGAAGAGGAACUGGACCUGAUGAGAUGAUUAUUUUGAAGGCAUCCUGGUAGCAUGUGUAAGCUGACGUGGCUUCUUGUUCUGUUGUAUGCUACGAUGGGGCUGCAACGAAGUGCUGGUCCGGUCGUACACGUACAGCGAAUUAAUAAUGCCGAUUUUCACGACGAUGAGCAUUAUGGUAAAGCGAGCUACGGCUGUAUCGAUUGAAGAAACGAUAUCAGAUCGAGCAAUCUUCAUUAAUGCACCAACAAACAUAUAUUCUUCAUUAAUGCACCAGCAAAC